AGCGGAAGUCGGCGCAGGCGUGAGAUUUCUUUGCUGUCUGCGGCGCCUGAAAGGAAGUGAGCAUCCGUACCGCCUGUUUCCUUGUCGGCAUGGCACGGUCCUUGUCAGCGCCUCUUUCAGCAAAUUCCCGACUUCUUGCAAGUCGGUGCUUUUCUGACUCCUUUCUAAUAGCCUUUUAAAAAAGCUCAAGCAGCACGCCGAGUGACUUUUUGUAAAAGUUGUCCUGCUGAGCGCUUGGAAGAUGUGGCAUUGAAUGCAACAAGGCGGAAUUGUAGACAGUUACUAAGAGGGAGAGUGUGAAAAUUAAAUGGCGCUUGUAUCCUUUUCCCUCUUCUGCCUCAGUUCCUGAGGUCUCGCUUUGCGAGUCAUCCUCCAGGUUAAGGUUUACAUUUCUACAUGUGCCAACUACAUUUGAAAUUCCAAGUAAGAGGUUGUAAUGUGUAAGCGGUAUCUAAAAAUCUGAUUCUUCUCUCGUGUAGUUGAACUAGAACUAAUAGAAAAAUGAAUAUCCUGUGUGUGUUAACUUGUAGAGAGGGGCUUUUAUAUUGCAUUUGCAGCCUUCUAUAGGCACAUUUUGUUGGAUUUAAGUAACAAAAUGUACACUUUCAUUGGUAGACACCCCAUGCUGCCCCGUCAUGUGCAGAGGCUGGGCCGAGACUGGAUCGCCCAUGUCAACGGUUCUCAGGUAUUUGCCUUUGGCAGCCCAGUUCCCACCUGUAUGAGAUGGGCUGGACACUGCCCAUGGGCCUCGUUCCCUCUGCCUGUUCCGGUUGAUUUCUCAGCAAACUGGAGGCUCCCAACAUUUUUUGGACCUUGGAGGCAAUUUCAGAAUUCUAAUUGGCAGCUCGAUAACUUCGCACAAAAUUCUUGCUUUCACCUGCCUAACCCCAGUAUGAAAUCUGAGGGAGAAGAACCACUGACAAAGAAGAGGAGGCUCAGCACCCAGCCGGAUUCUCCAGCCCCAGAAGAACCAAACUUCUCUGAGCAGAAAGAAGCUUUAUGUGUUUCUGUCUCACAAGAUGAAAAAAGUGAGAGUAGUAAGAAAGGAAAUAUCAAAAGACACUGGGAAUAUUUCUGUCAGCACAGCAGGACAAUGAAAGUCUUGGAAAGUGCAGAAACUGACCAAAGUAAUAGAGAAUGUGAAGCCAAAUUUGAUUUCACAGUCAUGUCCUACAACAUCCUCUCACAGAAUUUGUUAGAAGAUAACUCCCACCUGUACAAACACUGCAGACAGCGUUUGUUAAUCUGGACAUACAGAUUUCCCAACAUUCUACAAGAAAUCAAACAGCUGGACGCAGAUGUACUUUGUUUACAAGAAGUCCAAGAAGACCACUAUAGGAAAGAGAUCAAGUCAAGUUUGGAAUCCUUGGGGUAUCACUGUGAGUACAAAAUGCGGACAGGAAGAAAACCUGAUGGCUGUGCUAUUUGCUUCAAAACUUCUAAAUUUAGCCUGAUGUCAUCAAAUCCCGUGGAGUUUUUUCGCCGUGAUAUUCCACUCUUGGACAGAGACAACGUUGGACUAGUCUUACUUUUGCAGCCUAAAUUUCCAUGUAAGACUAACGCUGCCAUCUGUAUAGCUAACACGCAUCUGCUGUAUAACCCGAGGAGAGGGGAUAUCAAACUGACCCAACUUGCAAUGCUCCUGGCAGAGAUUGCUAGCGUCGCCCCUCAGAAGAAUGGUAUCUUCUGCCCAAUUAUCAUCUGUGGUGACUUCAAUUCUGUUCCUGGUUCUCCGCUGUACAGAUUUAUAAAGGAAGGGAAGUUAAAUUAUGAAGGACUUGCUAUAGGGAAGGUCUCUGGACAAGAACAGUUUCCAAGGGGACAAAGAAUCUUAUCUAUUCCAAUUUGGCCCAAAAAAUUAGGUAUUUCACAAAACUGUGUGUAUGAAAUAAAACAGCAGCAAAAAGAAGAUGAUGCAGGAGAAAAAACAGAGGAAGCAACAUCGGAUAACACCAAAGAGAUUGUAAUAGCAUCUGAAAAAUUAUCCUCAAAAUUGCAGCACCGUUUUAAGUUGUCUUCAGUCUAUUCUCACUACUUCCCUGAAAAUGGGCUGCCGGAAGUAACAACUUGUCACUCCCGAAGCGCAGUCACUGUGGAUUAUAUUUUCUAUUCUGCAGCAAAUGAUGAUUCUGUUGCCCAAUCAGGAACAGAGGAUUCUCUUCACGGAGGUCUGAAGCUCCUCGGAAGGCUGGCACUUCUAACAGAGAAAGAUCUCUGGACUGUUAAUGGUCUUCCCAAUGAAAAUAACUCCUCUGACCACCUGCCACUGCUGGCAGAGUUCAGGCUCGUUGAACGGUAACACCCAAAGGACCUCCCAUGUAGCUACAGUUACUCCCACCUUCUCUCUUGAUGUGAUUUUUAUUUUUUAAAGUUAGUUUGAGCACUGCCGGUUCGGUUUAAAUGUUUUGCUUGCAUGCUGAUUUGGUAGUGCUGGGUAAAGUAGACUUUUUAAAGAGACUUUUUUUAAGAGUUUGAAUUACUUUAUGAAGUCUUUGAGGCAAAAAAAAAAAAAAAAGUUUACAUGAGCUUCCUCUUUGAUAAUGGAAAACAUCUGCCAGUCUUAAAAUGGCAUUAUUUUUCACAGAAAUGCUGUAAAUGGUCUUUGUUGUAAAUCUGAGUAAAACUGAUUAUUCUCUGA